ACGCGGAGGAGAGGAAUAAGAAGCGCGCGAAAGAAAGCGAGAUAUCUGUUAUGAUUACAUUAAUGAUCACAGCUCGCGCCUGCUGACUUCUAUCCGGCGUCAUCAUAAGGGAGUUUUGGAGUUGAAGUGUGAUCUGAGACAACAACCUUGCCGUGGGCACAGAAGCAGGUGGAUUGUGAGUUGGAUGGGGGAGUCGUGACUGACUGAAGGGGGGGCUGAGCUGUAGUAACGGAACCCGGAGACGAAUCACGGCGUUGGAGCUAACCACACCACCAACAACAGCGGCACUUCUUUGGGGUGUGCGAGUGUGUGCGCGUGUGUGAAUGUGUGUGUGAGUGAGCGAAGGAGAGGGGGGUCUUACUCGCGUUUCGGAUAACCCAGAUAAGUGAAGAGAGACCGGACAAGAACCGUCACAGAACAUCACCGGGGAACACAAGACCCCCCAGGCACAACUGAGGACUUGGUUGGUCCUCUCACCCGGCCCCAGCUCAUAUCUCCUGGGCACCUGCCUCCCCCCGCUGCUCCAGCUCUGAUCCUCGGUCAGCGUCGGCAGCUCCCCACCGCCAGGUCGCUAUGAAGGAGCCGGACGCUAUCAAACUGUUCGUCGGUCAGAUCCCCAGGAACUUGGAGGAGAAAGACCUCAAGCCCAUCUUCGAACAAUUCGGCAAAAUCUUCGAGUUGACUGUGAUUAAGGACAAAUACACCGGCAUGCACAAAGGAUGUGCCUUCCUGACCUACUGUGCUCGUGAGUCUGCCCUGAAGGCCCAGAGUGCACUACACGAACAGAAAACACUGCCGGGGAUGAACCGUCCCAUUCAGGUCAAGCCAGCCGAUAGUGAGGGCAGAGGAGAGGACAGGAAGUUGUUUGUGGGCAUGCUUGGUAAGCAGCAGUCAGAUGAGGACGUGAGGAAGAUGUUUGAAGUCUUCGGCCCCAUCGAUGAGUGCACUGUACUCAGGGGCCCCGACGGGACCAGCAAAGGUUGUGCGUUUGUGAAGUUCCAGAGUCAUGGAGAAGCUCAGGCAGCCAUCAACAGUCUACACGGCAGUCGCACGCUUCCAGGCGCGUCCUCGUCUCUGGUGGUGAAGUUUGCGGAUACGGAGAAGGAGAGGGGCCUGAGGCGGAUGCAGCAGGUGGCCUCUCAACUGGGAAUCUUCAGCCCCACCAUGAGCAUCAACUUUGGACCUUACAACGCAUACACACAAGCAGUAAAUCAGCAGCAGGUGCAGCAGCAGGCCCUGGUGGCCCAGUCGGCGUAUCUGUCGCCGGUAGCAACAGUUGCCGGGUUACAGCUGCAGCAAAUGGCAGCACUCAACGCCAAUGGCAUCAUCGCCACACCCAUCACGCCACUCACACCCUCUUCAGGCGCAAACACCCCUCCCACUAUUGCGGCCACGCCAGUCACAUCUCUGCCUCCACUCGGAGUUAACGGCUACAGCACUGUCCCCACGGUGACCAAUGGGCAUGGCGGCCAAUCCGAAACCAUCUACACCAAUGGUGUUCAUCCGUACCAAGCUCAGAGUCCUGCAGCAGCUCUGGACCCUCUACAGCAGGCCUAUGCCGGCAUGCAGCACUACACAGCAGCGUACCCUGCUGCGUACGGAUUGGUCGGCCAGCCGUUUCCCCAGCAACCCACGCUGGUUGCCCAGCAACACCAGCAGCCUCAGCAACAGCAGCAGAGAGAAGGUCCAGAGGGCUGCAACAUCUUCAUAUACCACCUCCCUCAGGAGUUCUCGGAUGCCGAGAUGCUUCAGAUGUUCCUGCCGUUCGGAAACGUCAUCUCCGCCAAGGUGUUCGUGGACCGGGCAACCAAUCAGAGCAAGUGCUUCGGCUUUGUGAGUUUUGAUAACCCGGGUAGUGCCCAGACGGCCAUCCAGGCGAUGAAUGGCUUUCAGAUCGGCAUGAAGAGACUCAAGGUCCAACUCAAGAGACCCAAGGACGCCAACCGACCGUACUGA